UAGUCUAGAAAUGAUCAUUCGUUUGCGAGCAAGCGACGGUAUUGGUGUGAUCAGCAUUGACGAAACCGUGUGAAAAUUCCACAAGUUGUUACGAUAAUAAAAAAUUUUUUAUAUAUUUGGGUAUUAAUUGAGAGCAAUUGUAUUAGCCAAUUUAAUCAAUAUUCAAUAAUAAAUCAGUCAUAAAAAAUAUCGUGUCUCGAAGAAAAUGUCCGAUUUCAAUUUGCACAGCUUGGAAGAGUGUCUGGAGAGCCAUAUACCACUAAAUGAAUAUAAAGAGGUUAAACGCAUUUUGUAUGGCACGACAGAAGAUCAUGUCUUAAAUCUACCAACAGCCGCGAUCUCCUUAGCUGCUGAUUAUAAUUUUGAGAUAAAGGCAUAUGGUAUACCAGCGCGGAAGGAGGAGAUACGUAAACCACGCAAAGUGCGUGUGGGUGCCAUACAGAACUCCAUUGUACUAUCCACGAGCGCGCCGAUUGAUAAGCAACGUGAAGCUAUAUGGGAGAAGGUGCGUAUCAUAAUCAAGGCAGCCUCAGCAGCGGAUGUGAAUAUUAUUUGCAUGCAGGAAGCUUGGACCAUGCCUUUUGCAUUUUGCACACGUGAAAAAUUCCCGUGGUGUGAGUUCGCCGAAGACGCAGAAACUGGACCGACAACAAAAAUGUUGCAGGAGCUAGCCAAAGCCUACAAUAUGGUUAUUAUUUCGUCGAUACUCGAACGAGAUACGACACAUGGUGAUACCAUUUGGAAUACGUCAGUGGUUAUAUCGAAUCAUGGACGUUACAUGGGCAAACAUCGUAAAAAUCACAUACCACGCGUUGGUGACUUCAACGAAUCCACCUACUACAUGGAGGGCAAUACGGGUCAUCCAGUAUUUGAGACAGAGUUUGGUAAAAUAGCCGUGAACAUCUGCUACGGACGUCAUCAUCCACAAAAUUGGAUGAUGUUCGGUUUGAAUGGUGCCGAGAUCGUUUUCAAUCCAUCUGCCACAGUGGGCGCACUCAGCGAACCGCUAUGGGGUAUUGAAGCACGUAAUGCCGCUAUCGCCAAUAGUUACUUCACAGUUGCCAUUAAUCGUGUGGGUACCGAGGAAUUCCCCAAUGAGUAUACAUCGGGUGAUGGACAAAAGGCACAUAGAGCAUUCGGUCCAUUUUAUGGUUCAUCUUAUGUGGCGGCACCAAAUGGGGUACGCACACCGGGCUUAUCCCGUCAUCGUGAUGGUCUACUUAUCGCCGAGCUGGACUUGAAUAUGUGCAGACAGGUUAAGGAUUUCUGGAAUUUCCCAAUGACACAACGACUGCCAUUGUAUGCUGAAUCGUUUCAACGUGCCUCACAGUUGGACUUUAAGCCGCAAAUCAUAAGGGAACAGUGAGUAAGGCAUUUACAUAUCCGUAUGAUGUGAAAUUCCUUUAAAGUAGUUACUUUUUAAAAAAAAAAUAUGUGAGCUUUUGUAUUGUGAAUUUGAAAAUAUUGUAUUAUUUAUAAAAUAAAUUUCCUGGA